AUGUCGGGCUUUGACGCUGACCGUGUCUACUCUGUCUCCGUGCAUGACCUCCCCAAUGCUUCCUCUCCCGAUACACCCUCACACACCGAAAAGCUCCUACUCGACUUUCUUCUCCAGUACCGCAUCGGAGGCGAGUUCAUCUACAGGGACAAAUUGCGCGCGAACCUGUUGCUGAAGCAAUACCAACUCGAGGUCGACCUUCGUCACAUCGGACUGUACAAUGAUGAGCUCGCCCACGACAUCCAGGAGAAACCAGGAGAGAUUCUCCCUCUAUUUGAAACGGCCGCUGCACGUGCUGCCCGCACCAUCCUCUUCCCCGUCGCAGGCAGCAGCACCGAAGCUGCCGCCCAAUCUAUCCCUAACAUCCAGAUCCUGAUUAAGUCCGGGCUCAACCUGCAGCAAUUUCGCGACCUCGCCGCGAACACGAUGAACAAGAUGGUGCGCAUCCCGGGCAUCGUCAUCUCCGCGUCCGUGCUCUCCUCGCGCGCGACGAAACUGCACCUCCAAUGCCGCGCCUGCCGCUCCACGAAAAUUAUCUUCCCAGCCAGCGGCCUCGGCGGGAUCGGCAGUGGGUCUGACAGAGGCCUCCCGCGCGUGUGCGACGCUCCCGAGAUUGAGAAUCAGAAGAAGGAUUGCCCGCUCGACCCAUACCUCAUCAUCCACUCCAAAUCGACAUUCUCCGACCACCAGAUACUCAAGCUGCAGGAGGCCCCAGAUAUGGUCCCCGUCGGAGAGCUCCCGAGGCAUAUGCUGUUGUCUGCAGACAGGUACCUCACAGGGCAGGUAGUCCCUGGCUCGAGAGUAAUCGCCACGGGCAUCUACUCGACCUACAAUUCGGCGAAGAAUAAAUCAGCUGGCACAGCUGCUCUGCGGAAUCCAUAUCUUCGGCUCGUCCACCUCGAAGUUUCUUCACCGUCCGCCGGUGGCUCGGGCGGGUCAAAUCCAUUCGGCCUGCAAUUUACGCCAGAGGAAGAGGAAGAGUUUGGCGAGAUGGCGCGCAGCGAAGGCUUCUAUGAGCGAUUCGCAAAGAGCGUCGCGCCCAGUAUUUUCGGCAGUCUUGACAUCAAGAAGGCUAUAACGUGUCUACUCUUUGGAGGCUCGAAGAAAGUGCUGCCCGACGGGAUGCGGCUUCGAGGCGACAUCAACGUGCUUCUUCUCGGCGACCCCGGUACCGCGAAGAGUCAGCUGCUCAAGUUCGUAGAGAAGGUUGCCCCCAUCGCCGUGUAUACCUCUGGCAAGGGUUCUAGCGCGGCGGGUCUCACAGCUUCCGUCCAGCGCGACUCAGUAUCGCGCGAGUUCUACCUCGAGGGCGGCGCGAUGGUGCUCGCGGACACUGGUGUGGUCUGUAUCGACGAGUUCGACAAGAUGCGCGACGAGGACCGCGUUGCGAUACACGAGGCGAUGGAACAGCAGACGAUCUCUAUCGCGAAGGCCGGCAUUACGACUGUGUUGAAUUCGCGAACAAGCGUCCUCGCCGCCGCAAACCCUGUGUGGGGGCGUUACGACGAGGGCCGUAGUCCCGGAGAGAAUAUUGACUUUCAGACGACUAUCUUGUCCCGAUUUGACAUGAUUUUCAUUAUCAAGGACGAGCAUAACGAACAACGCGACCGAAUGAUCGCGAAACACGUCAUGAACAUCCAUAUGAAUAGGCCAAAUGAGAAUGCAGACGAGAACGGUGAGGCCGUCGGCGAGAUCGACAUCGACAAGAUGAAGCGGUUCAUUGCAUACUGCAAAGCGAAAUGUGCACCGCGGCUGUCGGCGGAGGCACAGGAGAUGCUAAGCAGUCACUUCGUCUCUUUGCGCAAGCAAGUCCAGCAAAUAGAGCAGGACAAUGAUGAACGGAGCUCAAUUCCAAUAACCAUACGACAACUGGAAGCUAUCAUCCGAAUCUCGGAGUCCCUAGCAAAGCUCACACUGACACCAGUGGUGCAGAGCCACCACGUCGAGGAGGCAAUACGUCUGUUUAAGUCGUCGACAAUGGACGCGGUAUCUGCGGGCAGUGCGGACGGGCUGUCGCGCGGGGAGCUGAACGAGGAGAUGGGGCGGAUAGAGAAGGAGGUGCGGCGGCGGCUGCCGAUCGGGUGGAGCACGAGUUACCAGAGCCUGGUGCGGGAGUUCGUAACGCAGCAGGGGUACUCGAGUCAUGCGCUGGAGCGGACUCUGUUUGUCUUGGAGAAGAGAGAGAUCAUCAGGUUCUCAGGGCAGAACAAGGUGGUGCAUAGGGUGGGCGUAUAA